AUGCUGUUUCUGAUUAUUUUUAGUGGAAUAUCACAUGCUUUUAAAUAUUUCGCACCGAGUGUCUACGAUUUUGCUGUAGACCCUGAGAAUAAAAAAUAUCAAGAACACUCUGGAUUUGUGCAUAGGCAUUACUACACUGAGGAUAAGAAUCACUUCGGAGAAAUAGCCUUAAUGACAUUGAACACGCAUGUUGAGAGUGAUAUUGUUGAGAAAAAUCAAAAAAAUGGCAUUUUAGCAUUGAUUGAUCUGCAUCAUCCAGCUGUAUUUGCACUUCAGGGACUUACCCAGUCUGUGCUUUCAGGAGUACAAAAAGAAGCAAGUGAGCACUAUGAAGUUGCAUGCACAGAUGCCCUAUUUAAAGAAAUAAGGACAAACAAGUUGGAAGUAAUGCCUAUUUUCUACGAUUCAAAUUCAUUAAUAAAGAUUAAAGAAAGUAUAAUUGAACCAGAAAAGUAUAAAAACCAGGCCUAUGCGUGUGUGGUUGUGUUCUAUGAUAAGCUCAUACAAAAAAUAUACACAGUCAUCAAUGUGGAUCUUCCAAGUACAGAUCCAAAGGUUAUUGACUCACAGGUAUACAACAUUAUUCACAACUUGGAAAAUUCAAAAUUCAAAGAUUUCCCCGUGUUUGUAGUAGGAACAAUCAAUACAAUGAGUGAAGAAUUAAGAAAGCUAGUUAAAAGGGACAUGAAAAACCUUAUUGAUCAAGACAAAAACAAUAUUGGGUUGCGCAAGACAACAUUCCACAACCACGGCACUGUAAACGAUAAUCUACAAAGAGAUUUUAUACUUUUAAAGGAUAAAGCCAAAGAAUUCAAGCUAAAUUAUUCAAGGAUAUUGUCAAGGUAUUCAAAGAUGAGCUUUGAACAUUUCCCAGUCUUUUCAAUUUUAAGCCGCAGCUCAAUCAAUUAA